AUGGAACGCAUGAACAAUAGCAUUCAAACACUUUUUGAUCAAAGCGGUACGGGGAUACCACGGCAAGAUUCGGAAGCUACUACCCAUGGACCAGAGAGAUUCGAUACGACUACAACCGCAUCUUCGAAUCUAAACUUUGAUGCUUCUCGUUGUCCGAAUCCUCCCCUGGAAACACUAUCCCAUUUUGUUGAAAUCUACAAAGCCAAAUUGCAUUUGCAGCCACUUCCUCUUUUUGACAUCGAUGGGCUGUCUGCGCAAGUGUCACGAUUCCCGCAAUUCCUGUUGCGAAGCUUUUUGGCAGUUACGCUACUCUUCUCUGGUCAUCCAUUCUACGGCACCUCAAAGGCUGAUGCGAUUGAAUUUUAUGUCCGUUCUUCCCGAGAAACCACAAUUUCUCUAGCAGCAGAAUGUACACCAUCAUUAGAAGUCAUACAGUCGCUUUGCCUGUUGACGCUCAGUGACAUCAGCGCUGGUAAACAAGCUAGAGCACGAAUGAAUAUAGGAAUGGCUUCUGUUAUCAUUAACCUGCAUUCUAAACAUCUCGAGGGUCUGAAAACAACUUCUAUGAGCGUGGACGAUAAAGCCAGGUGUUGUUGGAGUGUAUUCAUUCUCGAGAGGGCAUUUACACCGGGACCAAACACGUUGCAGCCCGGUCAUAGUCCACUAGUCCACAUAAACUACCCCCCCAGUCACCCAAGACCGUCUGAUUCUGCUCAUACAGACGUAUCGAGUAUCCCGUAUCUGACCUCUGGAAAUGCCACAAAUGACUUAGGUGUCAAUGCGUAUUGUCUACAAUUGAUAUCCAUCUGGGGCGAGAUUGCAGCAUACUUGCAUCAAGCACGAUUGGGUAAGGUUGAAGAGCCCUGGCUCGCCUCUUCCACUUAUCAUAAAUUGGCUGCAAACUUCUAUGAAUUUGAAUCCAGUCUCGCACAGGUGCACAGGUUUAAAAACGUGGGUUUCCAAACUCGAUCAUAUGAGGAAAUUGCCCGAGACAAGAGCUAUUGGUCACCUUGGCUCGUACUACAAAUUACCUUUCAUGCCGGCCAAGCACUUUUGCACCAUCCUAUAUUCCACAUUGCGACUUUCAGAAAGAACAAUACUGUGUUUCAACCACCGACAUUUCUCCAACAUACAAUUGACCAAGCUCUGCUUCAUUCCGGUUGGAUAGCCCGCUUCAUCAGCAUGUGCGAGAAUCUCGGAUAUGAGAUCUGCGAUCCAUUCUUGGGUCGUCUUGUGGUAGUGGUUGCAACAAUUCACUGGAUCUUCUCGCUUGCCAGCGAUGAGACCGUCACAGAAAGAGCACGCUCCGACUUUAACCAUUGCCAACGAUUCAUAAUUGGCCUAGCAAACAAAUGGCCCCAAUUCUCUCAAUUAGCGAAUGGACUAGAGAAUCUUCAAAGCCCUACCCGGCAAGCAAAUGGGACUACAAGCCAUAAUGGGAUUUCAUCUUUCAAAAUAUCCUUAUUAUGGGAGUUACUAGACACCAAUUCCACAGUGGCAAGGUUAGAUAUGUCCCCUCAAUCCUUUGCACCUGUCGAGCAACGUAUCUCGACACAAUAUCUCGCCCCGUUACGUGAAUCUCCAAGCUACCGGGAUGCGGGGCGUUUCGGUCAUUCGACAGGUAUUCCUGCUUCAGAAUUUCCUGCCAGUCCUCUUCCAGGAUUUUUGAUGAGUGAUGACUUUCUUAGUCAUGUCGACAUACCGGAGUUGUCUCAGUUAGACUUUCGGCCAAGUCUAAACUUCCAUGGUGGUCUAUAG